AUGGCGUCGUCGUCAUCUGAGGUUCCCGCUUCGGCGGUCCUCCAGGCCGAGUCCUUCCCCGACGGAACCAAGGACUAUGUCGCCAUCCGCAAGAAGAACUGGGACAUCAAGAAGCCCCAUAUCACCGACCAGCCCAUCACCGCCAAGAACUGGUACAAGCACGUCAACUGGCUCAACACCACAUUCAUCAUCUUCAUUCCCCUCACGGGCCUCAUCUCCUCGUACUGGGUACCGCUUCAGAUGAAGACGGCCGUCUUCACUGUGCUCUACUACUUUUUCGCUGGCCUCGGUAUCACCGCCGGCUACCAUCGCCUGUGGGCUCACACCUCCUACAAGGCCACCCUUCCCCUCAAGAUCUUCCUUGCCGCUGGUGGCGCCGCCGCUGUCGAGGGCAGCGCUCGGUGGUGGUCCAGUCUCCAUCGUUCGCACCACCGUUACACCGAUACCGAGAAGGAUCCUUACUCCGUCCGCAAAGGUCUGCUCUACAGCCACAUCGGCUGGAUGGUCAUGAAGCAGAACCCCCGCCGUAUCGGCCGUACCGACAUCACCGAUCUCAACGAUGACGCCGUUGUCGUUUGGCAGCACCGCAACUACAUCAAGUCGGUCAUCACCAUGGCUCUGAUUGUUCCCACCCUCGUUUGCGGUCUCGGCUGGAACGACUGGACCGGUGGCUUCGUCUAUGCCGGUAUCCUCCGCAUCUUUUUCAUUCAGCAGGCCACCUUCUGCGUCAACUCCCUCGCCCACUGGCUCGGCGACCAGCCCUUUGAUGACCGCAACUCACCGAGAGAUCAUGUCAUCACUGCCCUCGUCACCCUUGGUGAGGGUUACCACAACUUCCACCACGAGUUCCCAAGUGAUUUCCGCAACGCUAUUGAGUGGUGGCAGUACGACCCCACCAAGUGGUUCAUCUCGAUCAUGAAGUUCCUCGGCCUCGCAUACAACCUCAAGACAUUCCCCCAGAACGAGAUUGAGAAGGGCAGACUCCAGCAGCUUCAGAAGAAGCUCGACCAGAAGCGUUCCACUCUUGACUGGGGUAUUCCUCUCGAGAACCUACCCGUUGUCAGCUGGGACGACUUUGUCGCCGAGUCCAAGAACGGCAAGGCCUGGAUUGCCGUCGCUGGCAUCAUUCACGAUGUUGGCAAGUUCAUUGCUGACCACCCCGGUGGCAAGACCCUCAUCAACUCUGCCAUUGGCAAGGACGCCACUGCUGUCUUCAACGGUGGUGUCUACAACCACUCCAACGGCGCCCACAACCUUCUCUCCACCAUGAGAGUUGGCGUUCUUCGUGGCGGCUGCGAGGUAGAGAUCUGGAAGCGCGCCCAGUCCGAGAACAAGGACGUCCAGACCGUCACCGACUCCUCUGGCCAAAGAAUUGUCCGCGCUGGCAACCAGGCCACCAAGAUCCCUCAGCCCGUUUCUACUGCCGAUGCUGCGUAA